CAGCCGAGAGACACAUCUCUUCGGAAGAGGCCCCUUGACCGGACAAGCAACAUCUGCACUACUCUCUCUCUCUCUCUCUCUCUCUCAUCCCCAGUCAAGCAAGUCCCUUCAUACACACACCAUGGCAAGAUACGACGGCUGGGUAGGAUGUCCGGUGAAGGUGACUUCAGGAGCGCCGGAUGGGCCGGGUCGGGCGUGUCCGAAGUGCCACAACGGGAGCGUGUUCAAGAGCCACCGUCGGCGCUGGAUCGAGAUCUGCUUCGUCUCGCUCAUUCCCUGCUCGAGCAGACAGGUCUGGCACUGCAACAUCUGCAAUUGGCAGGCUAACGUGGACGACUCCUUCCAGCCGGCAUUCCCUGCUCCUCCGCCUCCCCCACCCGGAGCCGGCGCCGGCGCGGCCCAGCCACAGAUGGUCGUCCCUCAGAUGCAGAUGAUUCCACCAACCUCUUUCGCCCCGCCCUCAGGCCCUCCUCCCCCAACUGAACUACAAUACCCCGGCGGAUAUGGCAGAUGAUUUAUUUUCAAUCUGAGCAGGAUGACUUCAAAUUCUGGAAGUGCUAUUUAUUUCCGCGAGUCGUUUUUCUGUGAUCACGCCGGUCGUCGAUUUCUUCCUU